AUGUCUUUAUUCAAUCAUCUUCUAUCUCGUGCUCUUCCUUUAUGGCUUUUAUUUUUUAUCAACUUCUUAGUAUUACUCGGGAAAUCUCAACAGGAAGUUUUACAAGUUCAAGUGGGAAUUGUUCUUGACACUAAUGCGACAUUAGCAGCUUUGAGCUUACGAGCUAUCAACAUGUCUCUCUCUGAAUUCUAUAACACUCAUAAUGGCUUCAAGACGAGGAUUGUCCUCAACAUCCGAGAUUCCAAACGAACUGUUGUUGGUGCUGCAGCUUCAGCUUUAUACUUGAUAAAGAAGAGGGAAGUGGUGGCCAUUAUAGGACCAGGGAAUUCAAUGCAAGCACCAUUUUUAAUCAACCUCGGAAAUCAAUCUCAAGUUCCCAUAAUUUCAUUCUCUGCGUCAAGCCCUGUUCUUGAUUCUCUCCGUAGUCCAUAUUUCAUCAGAGCUACACACGAUGACUCAUCUCAAGUGCACGCCAUUAGCGCCAUCAUAGAGUCAUUUAGAUGGAGGGAAGUUGUGCCUAUUUAUGCAGACAAUGAGUUCGGAGAAGGUAUUCUUCCUUACUUAGUUGAUGCUUUUCAAGAGAUCAACGUUCGUAUCCGAUACCGAAGUGCCAUAUCAGUCCAUUCCACUGAUGACCUAGUCAAGAAAGAGCUUUACAAACUAAUGACCAUGCCCACUAGGGUUUUUAUCGUGCACAUGUUGCCUGAUCUCGGAUCGAGGCUUUUCUCGAUAGCAAAAGAGAUUGGUAUGAUGACUAAAGGAUAUGUAUGGAUUGUCACAAAUGGUAUAGCUGAUCAAAUGAGUGUAAUGGGGGAAUCAAGCUUGGAGAAUAUGCAUGGUGUCUUGGGCGUCAAGACAUAUUUCUCAAGAUCAAAAGAGCUAAUGUAUCUUGAAACUCGUUGGCGAAAAAGAUUCGGAGGAGAAGAGCUAAACAAUUUUGAAUGUUGGGGUUAUGAUACGGCCACAGCACUUGCAAUGUCAAUUGAGGAAAUCAGUAGUAACGUAAACAUGAGUUUCAGUCAGACCAAAAGAAACACUUCAAGAGAUGAUACUGGGACAGAUCUUGAUGAUCUCAGCUUUGCUCUCUCUGGUCCCAAGCUUCUUCAAGCGUUGGCAACAGUCAGUUUCAAAGGCGUUGCCGGAAGAUUUCAGCUAAAAAACGGAAAGCUAGAGGCGACGACUUUCAAGAUAGUCAAUAUAGAGGAAAGUGGGGAAAGAACAGUUGGAUUUUGGAAAUCAAAAGUAGGACUAGUGAAGAGCUUAAGAGUGAAUCAAACAGGCAUUAAAAUAUCACACAGCUCGCACCGCCUUAGACCGAUAAUAUGGCCAGGGGACACUAUUUUUGUGCCUAAAGGUUGGGAAUUCCCAACAAACGCAAAGAAGCUGCGAAUAGCAGUUCCAAAGAAGGAUGGUUUCAAUAAUUUUGUGGAGGUAACAAAAGAUGCAAAUACUAAUGCUCCAACGAUCACCGGGUUUUGCAUAGAUGUUUUCGACACGGCAAUGAGACAAAUGCCUUAUGCUGUCCCCUAUGAGUACAUACCCUUUGAAACUCCUGAUGGAAAACCCCGUGGAAGUUAUGACGAAAUGGUUUAUCAUGUAUUUCUUGGGGAGUUUGAUGGAGCAGUAGGGGAUACCACAAUCUUAGCUAAUCGGUCUACAUACGUAGAUUUCGCGUUGCCAUACUCGGAGACGGGUAUUGUAGUCGUGGUACCCGUCAAGGAUGAGAGGGAAAAAGGAAAAUGGGUCUUCUUAAAGCCUUUAACAAGGGAGCUCUGGUUCCUCACUGCAGCUUCUUUUCUCUACAUUGGGAUCAUGGUUUGGAUUUUUGAGUACCAAGCAAGUGGUGAUUUCAGGAAACAGAGCAUUAUUAAUAAAAUAUCUAAUGUGUUCUACUUCUCAUUUUCGACUCUCUUUUUCGCACACAUGAGGCCAUCGGAGAGCAUUUUCACAAGGGUUCUUGUGGUAGUUUGGUGCUUUGUGUUGCUUAUUCUGACUCAGAGCUACACAGCAACAUUGACAUCGAUGCUGACGGUUCAAGAACUUCGACCAACAGUGAGACACAUGGAUGAUCUGAGGAACAGUGGAGUUAACAUUGGAUAUCAAACUGGUUCCUUUACAUUCGAAAGGCUGAAACAAAUGGGUUACAAAGAAUCGAGGUUAAAGACUUAUGAUACUCCUCAGGAAAUGCAUGAGCUUUUUCUUAAAAAGAGCAGCAAUGGUGGUAUUGAUGCUGCAUUCGACGAAGUCGCUUAUGUCAAGCUUUUCAUGGCUAAAUAUUGCUCAAAAUAUACCAUUAUCGAGCCUACCUUUAAGGCUGAUGGCUUUGGCUUUGCCUUUCCAUUGGGAUCUCCUUUGGUGCCAGAUCUUUCAAGACAGAUCUUGAAUAUAACGGAGGGAGAGACCAUGAAAGCUAUAGAGAAUAAGUGGCUCCUCGGAGAAAAACAUUGUCUUGACUCAACCACAUCGGAUUCUCCAAUCCGGCUCGAUCACCACAGCUUUGAAGCUCUAUUUACGAUCGUCUUUGUUGUUUCUAUGCUUCUACUCUUAGCCAUGUUGGUUUGUAGAAGAUACCGCCAAGAAAGCAAAAGCGGCGAGAUCAAUGCUAAUAAUUCGCCAACAGAUGGUAACAUGAGAGCUCCACCUAAUCAGCCAACAGAUGAUAACAUGAGAGCUCCGACUAGUCCGCCAAUUGAUGAUCAAGUCCUUGAGCCACCUGGUCCAGCAUUAAAUGAAGCCGAUGAUCAAGAUCAGCUUCUGAAUGAUGAAGUUAAUGUUGGAGAUCGAAAUGAAGUAGAUAUUAUUGUGGAAGUCGACCCAACUUUGGUUCACCGUAGAAAUCUGAUCACCUCAAAAACAAUACCCACCCGAAGAGCUGCACUAUUCUCGAGGAUUAAGUCUGCAUAG